AUGUCUGUCGCGUGCGAUAAAUGUAGUUUAUCUGUGUCUCUAAGCAAGAAUAAAAUAGUUUGUAUAAAGUGUAAUGGAACAUAUAAUACAAAAUGUGCCAGUACCUUCACGUCGCAAAAUGAGAAGUUUUCCUGGAUAUGUGAGUCAUGCAUUCUUAUUUCUAAAAAUGAAAAGAACCUUACUAUUCGUAAAAAACAUAACUCUUCAAACAAUGAAGAUAUAAAUAUUGUAUUGAUUAGAGAAGAUAUAUCCAAAUUAAUUACUAAAAUUGAAACAUUAGAAAAUUCUGUGUCUUUUAGUUCUAAUAAAAUUAAUGACUUUAGCGAAAAAUUGGACUUAAUAUCAGAAUCCGUUAAAAAUAUUAACAAAAAAUUUUCGCAAAUGGAAAUAAAACUGGCCAACCUUGAAAAGCAAGUAGAUAUGUUAAAAGGUGAAAAUAAUCAAUUUGAAGAGACAUUUUUGUUAAAUAAUAUUACCAUAACUGGGAUACCUACGACAAUUUUAAAUGUCAAUUGCCCAGCUGAUGAAAUUAUUAACGCAUUUCGAAUUAAUACAAAACAGAAUAAUGGUAAACUGGUUGUUCGAUGCGUUAGUAAGUUUAUUUCACGCAAUUUGUAUAAUAAUUCAAAUUAA